GCCGUGUGGGGGAUGGCUGUGGGAGAUGAGAACCCGGGAGGAGAGAAGAGGGGAGCAGUGUGGAGAUCCAGACUUCUGUGACGCGCGUGGGGCAAGACGAGGCUCGGGGUGUGUGACAAGCGCUGUCACCAUGCGGCUCAGAGAAGGUUCCUGCUGUCUCAGGGCUCAUCUUCUGGUGGGGAGAGAUGGACAGCUAAACCAGGACACGGGUGGUGACAGAGCAGUCAGUACUCAGGGCCACGAAGAAAAAUAAGCAGGGGCAAGGAGAUAGCAACAGCUGGGGGCCCUUAGGUGGUCUGGGAACACCUCUCCGAGAAGGAGACAUUCGAGCUGAGCGCUGGAUGAGGGAGAGGGCCCCCAGAGGGAAACCCAACCAGCCCGUGCUCCAGCAGCCCCGCCAGGGACCCACCGACGAGGCCCAGAUGGCAGCCGCGGCAGCCCUGGCCCGGCUCGAACAGAAGCAGCCCAGGGCCCGGGGCCCCACGUCGCAGGAGUCCAUCCGGAACCAGGUGAGAAAGGAACUUCGAGCCGAAGCCACUGUCAGCGGGAGCCCAGAGGCCCCAGGGACCAACAGGGUGCCUGAGCCCAGAGAGGAGGGCUCGACCCACCUGGCAGUGCCCGCGGUGUGCUUCACCUGCCCGCUCACGGGGGCCACGCUCAGGAAGGACCAGCGGGAUGCACACAUCAAAGAGGCCAUUCUCUCGCACUUCUCCACCGACCCCGUGGCUGCCUCCAUCAUGAAGAUUCACACGUUCAACAGAGACCGGGACAGGGUGAAGCUGGGUGUGGACACCAUCGCCAAGUACCUGGACAACAUCUGCCUGCACCCCGAGGAAGAGAAGUACAGGAAGAUCAAGCUACAGAACCGCGUGUUCCAGGAGCGAAUUAACUGCCUGGAAGGGACCCACGAGUUUUUUGAGGCCGUCGGCUUCCAGAAGGCCCUGCUUCCGGUGCCCGAUCAGGAGGGCCCCGAGGAGUUCUACGUGCUGAGCGAGGCCGCCCUGGCCCAGCCCCAGAGCCUGCGGAAGCACAAGGAGCAGCUGCUGGUCGCCGAGCCCGUGCGGGCCACGCUGGCCCGCCAGCGCCGCAUCUUCCAGCCCUCGCCCCUGGCCUCCCAGUUUGACCUGCCCGGGGACUUCUUCAACCUCACGGCGGAGGAGGUCAAGCGGGAACAGAGGCUCCGGUCCGAGGCCGUGGAGCGGCUGAGUGUGCUGCGGACCAAGGCCAUGCGGGAGAGGGAGGAGCAGAGAGAGCGGCGCAGAUACACCUACACGCUGCUGCGCGUCCGCUUCCCCGACGGCUGCCUGCUCCAGGGCACCUUCUACGCCCGGGAGCGGGUGGCCGCGCUGUAUGCCUUCGUCCGGGAGGCCUUGCAGAGCGACUGGCUGCCUUUCGAGCUGCUGGCCUCGGGCGGGCAGAGGUUGUCGGAGGAGGAGAGCCCGGCCUUCGACGAGUGCGGGCUGGUGCCCUCCGCCCUCCUGACCUUCUCGUGGGACGCAGCCCUGCUGGAGGACCUCAGGGCCGCAGGGGCGGAACCGGACUCUUCUAUCCUGAAACCUGAGCUCCUGUCGACCAUCGAGAAGCUCUCGUGAAAUAAAAGCAGGGUUGGCUUUA